AUGGAGAAUGUUUCUGCCAGAGGGCCCUUUGGUAGACACCACAAACAGAGAACGUCUGCAGUUAAUCAUAAGGGGGAACGGAAAAUCAUUAUCGAAAAGCAAUCAGCACGUACGUAAGGCUCAUUACAGAGGAUUUUUGUUAUUGAAUGUAAAUGAAAUACUGCUUAUAAAUAAAGUUACCUUACGCCUUGCGAUACUAACCAUUUCAAAGCUAACCGGCGAAAACGUCCGUUUCUCCUCGCUCGAAACGUCCCCGUCGGCGAAGAGCUAGGAGAAACGGAUGUUUUCGCAGGCUAUUUCAAAGCAAGAAUCUUAGAAACUUGCCUAGCAAAACUGAGAACAGGAGAUUUUUUCGAUUGAUUUUCUUUAAGAGUUAAACCAAGUGUAAUCAGUCAUUCAUUCAUAGAGCUCGAUAGGGUAAUUUUAAACUUCUAGCUUUCUCAUAAAGUUGUAGAAUGUUAGAAAUAUUAAUUGCUCCUGUGGUGUACUGUGAAUCAAAUGUGAAAUUAAGCCAGCCGAACGACAGCAUUUCUCGUAACGGACUUCUAAGCUUGAUUUGCUUAAUUCCUCCAUCUCUUAGCUCAGCAAAACUAUCUGACAGGGACACCGAACAGGGUACCUGCCGGAAUGACAAACGUGAAGCAACCUGGCGGAUCCCUAGCUGCCGCUGUUGGAGAUGGAAUAACUGACGACAAAUCUGCGAUUCAGGCCAUAGUAAACCAGGCUGCCAUUUCCACUAUCAAAAAGGUUUUCUUCCCUCCUGGUGUGUACCAGGUCAACGGUGAUAUCGCCAUCGCCGACUCUGUGGAACUUUACGGAACACAGAGUGGUAUCGCAGUUAUCAAAGCCAGGGAUGCAUAUGCCAUAAAAAUACACAAUGCUUCUCCGGUAACACAUGUUUCACUAAAGUAUCUGUAUUUUGACGGAAUUCGUGUAGAAUUUGAAGGUCGGUCUACAAACAAUAUCACAAUAAGGGUUGCGUAUUCUUUUCAUCGCAAAAUCCAGGAACAGCAAGCAAUGCUUGGAAGAAACAGUUGA